CACUUUUGUUUUGGCUUUCGUCGCUCGCUCCAAUAGAAGUGCUGGGCUCUUCUCUGCCCUCCGCCUCCUCCUCCUGCUCCCGUUCUCCGCCUCCGAUCGGAUCGGAUCCUUCUUCUUCUCAUCAUCCUCCUCCUCCCCCUUCCCCGUCGACGCCAUCUGCGGGGCCACUACUCAUGACUAUGAUGACCCCGCCACCUCUCGACCAGGAGGAAGAGGAGAUGCUGGUUCCGCAUCAGGAGCUCACUGAGGGACCCCAGCCGAUGGAAGUUACACAAGCUGAGACGGCAACUACGCCAGAGAAUCAGCAGGUGGAGGAUCCUCCUCCAUUCAAAUUUAGGUGGACCAUUGAGAAUUUCUCCAGGUUGAACAUCAAGAAGCUCUACUCCGACAUUUUCUAUGUUGGAGGGUACAAGUGGCGGGUGCUGAUUUUUCCCAAGGGAAAUAAUGUGGACCACUUGUCCAUAUACCUGGAUGUUGCUGAUUCUACUACCUUGCCAUAUGGGUGGAGUAGAUAUGCACAGUUCACACUUGCAAUUGUUAAUCAAAUUCAUAGCAAGUAUACAAUAAGAAAAGAGACACAACACCAAUUUAAUUCACGAGAAAGUGAUUGGGGUUUUACUUCAUUUAUGUCUCUAAGUGAACUCUAUGAUCCAAGUAGAGGAUAUCUUGUCAAUGAUACAUGUGUAAUUGAAGCUGAAGUUGCUGUCCGUAGGUUGAUAGACUACUGGAGUUAUGAUUCAAAAAAGGAAACGGGUUAUGUUGGUCUUAAGAACCAAGGAGCUACUUGUUACAUGAACUCGCUUCUUCAGACUCUGUAUCAUAUUCCAUAUUUCAGAAAGGCUGUUUAUCAUAUGCCAACGACGGAGAAUGAUAUGCCAUCUGGAAGCAUUCCCUUGGCUCUUCAGAGCCUAUUCUAUAAACUUCAGUACAGUGACAACAGUGUCGCCACGAAAGAGCUGACAAAAUCUUUUGGAUGGGAUACAUAUGAUUCUUUCAUGCAACAUGAUGUUCAGGAACUUAACAGGGUUCUUUGUGAAAAAUUGGAAGACAAAAUGAAGGGAACUGUUGUUGAGGGCACAAUCCAGUAUUUGUUCGAGGGACAUCACAUGAACUAUAUUGAAUGUAUUAAUGUAGACUACAAAUCCAUGAGAAAAGAGUCGUUCUAUGACCUACAGCUAGAUGUAAAAGGUUGUCGGGAUAUUUAUGCUUCAUUUGAUAAGUAUGUUGAAGUUGAGCGGCUUGAAGGAGAUAAUAAAUAUCAUGCGGAAAAUCAUGGCUUACAGGACGCUAAGAAAGGUGUUCUAUUCAUUGACUUCCCCCCUGUUUUGCAACUCCAGUUAAAGCGCUUUGAAUAUGAUUUCAUGCGGGAUACAAUGGUGAAGAUAAAUGACCGUUAUGAGUUCCCACUCCAGUUGGACCUUGAUAAAGAUAAUGGCAAAUAUCUUUCUCCAGAAGCGGACAGGAGAGUUCGCAAUCUUUAUACUCUUCACAGUGUUCUUGUUCACAGUGGUGGAGUGCAUGGGGGACAUUACUAUGCUUUCAUUCGACCAACACUAUCAGAUCAGUGGUUUAAGUUUGAUGAUGAGCGAGUGACGAAGGAAGACGUGAAAAGGGCAUUAGAAGAACAAUAUGGUGGUGAAGAAGAGUUGUCUCAGACAAAUCCUGGCUUCAAUAAUACACCAUUUAAAUUCACAAAAUAUUCAAAUGCUUACAUGCUUGUGUACAUUCGUGAGAGUGACAAGGAGAAAAUUAUGUGUAAUGUGGAUGAGAAAGACAUAGCCGAGCAUCUGAGAGUAAGAUUAAAGAGAGAACAAGAAGAGAAGGAGCAUAAAAAGAAAGAGAAAGCUGAGGCUCACCUUUAUACUAUCAUCAAGGUUGCUCGGAACGAGGAUUUGGCAGAACAGAUCGGAAGGGAAAUAUUUUUUGAUCUUGUAGACCAUGACAAAGUCCGGACUUUUCGAAUUCAGAAACAACUGCCAUUCAGCCAUUUCAAGGAGGAGGUGGCCAAAGAAUUUAAUAUUCCGGUGCAGUUUCAGCGUUUUUGGCUUUGGGCUAAGCGGCAAAACCAUACUUACCGUCCCAAUCGCCCUUUAACACCUCAGGAGGAAGCACAAUCUGUUGGGCAGCUUAGGGAGGUAUCAAAUAAGGCUCAUAAUGCUGAACUGAAGCUAUUCUUGGAAGUAGAGCUUGGGCUGGAUCUUCACCCUCUUCCUCCACCACAAAAGACCAAGGAGGAUAUACUUCUUUUUUUCAAGCUUUAUGAUCCUGAAAAAGAAGGGUUAAGAUUUGUAGGAAGGCUAUUUGUUAAGGCUUUAGGGAAGCCAAUUGAAAUACUCUCAAAACUGAAUGAAAUGGCUGGAUUUCCUCCAAAUGAAGAUAUUGAACUUUAUGAGGAAAUAAAGUUUGAACCUAGUGUAAUGUGCGAACACAUCGACAAGCAGAUCCCCUUUCGGUCAAGCCAGCUUGAAGAUGGAGACAUCAUUUGCUAUCAAAAAGCUUCAACAUUAGGGAAUAUAGAUCAGUAUCGAUAUCCUGACAUUCCUUCUUUCUUGGAGUAUGUUCAUAAUCGCCAGGUUGUUCAUUUCCGAUCAUUGGAAAAGCCAAAGGAGGAUGAUUUUUCUCUGGAAUUGUCAAAACUUUUUACCUAUGAUGAUGUUGUUGAAAGAGUUGCUCGCCAACUUGGUGUGGAUGAUCCAUCAAAAAUUCGUCUUACAUCUCACAACUGCUAUUCUCAGCAGCCUAAACCCCAACCUAUUAAAUACCGUGGUGUAGAGCAUCUUUCAGAUAUGCUGGUUCAUUAUAACCAGACUUCUGAUAUAUUGUAUUAUGAGGUAUUGGAUAUUCCUCUGCCUGAACUGCAAGGUUUGAAAACUUUAAAAGUUGCAUUCCACCAUGCCACAAAGGAUGAGGUAGCAGUCCACAGCAUCAGACUUCCAAAAAAUAGCACUGUAGCUGAUGUAAUCAAUGACCUAAAGACAAAGGUUGAGCUCUCUCAUCCUGAUGCUGAGCUCAGGUUGCUUGAGGUCUUCUACCACAAGAUCUAUAAGAUUUUUCCACUUGGUGAAAAGAUUGAAAAUAUUAAUGAUCAAUAUUGGACUUUACGUGCGGAGGAGAUUCCUGAAGAGGAGAAAAAUCUCAGUCCUCAUGAUCGCUUGAUUCAUGUCUAUCACUUUACAAGAGAUCCUAAUCAGAAUCAAAUGCAAGUACAAAAUUUUGGGGAGCCUUUUUUCUUGGUUAUUCGGGAAGGAGAGACUUUAGCUGAUGUCAAAAUGCACAUUCAGAAGAAACUGCAAGUUCCAGAUGACGAAUACUCGAAGUGGAAAUUUGCUUUUGUAUCACUUGGACGUCCUGAAUACCUCCAAGAUUUGGAUGUGGUGUCUAACAGAUUUCAGAGGAGAGAUAUUUAUGGAGCAUGGGAGCAGUACCUUGGAUUAGAGCACCCUGACACUGCUCCAAAAAGGGCUUACACAGUUAAUCAGAACCGCCACACAUUUGAGAAGCCUGUGAAAAUCUACAAUUGAGAGCUGGAUGGAUCUCCUCCCAUGGCAUUCAAUUCUGUGGCCUCACUAGAACAUGGGUAUGAGAGAGUGUUGUAGAUCUUUACAACAAAUUUAGAAUAGCGAGGUGGGGUGGCGGGGAUUCACGACCAAAAUUCUUGUUGCGGUGUGACAUGCAACACUGCUUGCUCAGAACACUCGGGAUGAUGCUUGAUCAUGAGUUCUUUAGACAGCUCAGCCUCUUUUAUAAGUUUUCCUUGUGCUGUUUUCUGAUCAAGCCCUCUGACAGGUUUCCUUCUCUUUUAUCCAGUGUAAUUUAGUACAUGAGAUUUUGGAUUGGAGUGGUAUAUAACGGGUAUAGUUGGUGUCUCGGACAUUUUUUUUCCACUAAUUAUCCCUGCCUUUAUUAUAUUUCCAUAUUUUUCCUCUCUACCUUGGUCUUGAAAAGAAAAUCUGGGGUUGUAAAAUGGGGAUUAUUUGGUGUUACUUCUUUUCCAUGUCCCUGUAAAAGAAAGACAAUAGUUGGAAAUAUCUUUUCAUAGAUGUUCAGAACUUGUAUACAACUCUUUUUUUCUUUCUUUUCA